AUGUCAGCAACUAUCGAGCCUAUUGUGCAUCCUAUUUUUGGAAAGCAAACCGGGACUUGGCAGUACAUCGUUGCUUGCCCGAAGACCCGCCAGGCCGUCAUCAUCGAUCCGGUCCUCAAUUUGGACCUCACAGAGCGAGAAAUCACUACCACGUCAGCGGACGAACUUUUGACGGUUGUCGCGUCGAACAAGUACACGAUUACCCGUCUCCUAGAGACGCACGCCCACGCCGAUCAUCUGACAGCUGCUUAUUACAUUCAACAAAAGUUGUUCGUAUCAGAUAAACCACAAAUCCCUAUCUGUACUGGCCGUCGGAUUAGGCAGGUGCAGGAAACGUUUGCCAACAAACCGAGUGAAAACGCUUUCGACUGUCUAUUUGAUGACAAUGAAGUCUUCAAUAUCGGCGACGUCACUGCGGAGGUGCUUCACUUACCUGGUCACACUCCCGAUCACAGUGGAUACUUGAUCGGUAGCAACGUAUUCACGGGCGAUUCGAUCUUCAACCCUGACGUGGGUAGUGCACGAUGCGACUUCCCGAACGGAGAUGCAAAUGUCCUGUAUCAUACCAUGCAAACACUACUAGCUUUGCCGUCUCACUACAAGUGUUACACCGACCACGACUACCCUCCGGCAGAUUCCGGCCGCGAACCAAUGCCCUUCGUGACCGUGGCAGAGCAGCUGGAGAGCAACAAGCAUGUCAAAAAGGGGACUCAGGAGCACGAGUUUGUGAACUGGCGACGAGACCGCGACUCCAACCUAAAAGAGCCAAAACUGCUGCACCAAGCUUUACAGGUCAACAUCCGAGGAGGACGCCUGCCAUCAAGCCCUGAUGGGAGUCAACGUACCUUCCUCCAAGUGCCUUUCUGCGCUCCCCAGGCUCUCUGCUAA